AUGGCGAAUGCCAUCGAAGAAGUAUUUCCAAUUACUAGCCACAGGUGGUGUUUAUGGCACAUAAUGAAAAAGUUGCCAGAAAAAUUUCAAGGUUAUAAACAAUAUGUGGCCAUCAAAACUGAUUUAAACGCACUUGUCUAUGAUUGUGGUUGUCCAACGGACUUUGGGAAUGAGAGACACAUAUGGGUACCUUGUUACUUGAGGAAUCAUUUAUGGGUGGGCAUGUCAACUACUCAAAGAAGUGAGGGAAUGAAUGCUUUCUUUCAUGGAUUUAUAAAUUCUAGAACCAUACUUCAUCAAUUUGUGGUUCAAUAUGACAAUGCCCUCAGAGUGAAGGCACAAAAAGAAAUACAAGUUGAUUUCUCGUCCCUCAACACCAGGGUUGCAUGUGGCUCUCAGUCACCGAUCAAGAGACAACUUCAAUUAGAGUACACACAUGCAAAGUUUGAGGAAGUCCAGACAGAGUUUCGGUCAAGGAUGAAUUGUUUCAUCAAAGAAACCGUAAAGGACAACUUCAACACUUACACAAUGAAAGAGGAAUGCAUGUGGGAGGGUAAAUGUGUAGAUAAAUUUUAUAAGGUGCAAUUUGAUCCAGUCACAAAAAAUAACACAUGUUCUUGCCUAUUAUUUGAGUUUAGAGGCAUCAUUUGUCGCCAUUGCCUUUUGGUAUUCAGUCAGGAAGAUGUUUAUAGUGUGCCCUCAAAAUACGUUCUACGACGGUGGAGCAAAAAUAUCCGUAGAAGGCACACUCUGAUUAGAGCAGCGUAUAGUAAUUCCAAUCAUGAAUCGACCAUGCAAAGAUACCAAAUUUUGUUCAAACGAUUCUAUGAAAUAGCUGAGGUAGCUUGUGAGUCGGAAGCUGCUUCUAAUGACUUGGAAAAAGAACUUCAUUUGCUGGGAAAAAAGUUUGGAUGUAGUUCAUCCAUCACAAAUUACAUAAUUAGUGAAGGAGGCGAACUACGGUAUGGCAAUCCGGUCAUUGGUACAAUACCCGACACUACUAGUGCAAGUGUUGACGUACUUGUCUAUAGCCCUUUAGCAGUGAAGCGAAAAGGACGACCACGCACCAACAGGUUAAAGUCAGCCGUUGAGAAAAGAACCAAAAAAGGGAAAACUUCAUCAUCCAAAAAAACUUCAACAUCAUUCGUACAAGAUUGUGACAAACAAUACCUGAUGUGA